UGCCCAUCGUCCAACGGGCUCGGGUCUUGCUUUGCGUUGGGUAAAGGGGAAGGAAAAGAAAUACAUAAAAAACUACCAAACAAGUAUAACUGUAAAGGCGAAAAAACACGACAGGAGUAAUGAGACGCUUCAGCCGAUGAGUGGGACGCAGUAUUAUAUUUGAAACAAGACAAUCCCACGUUACAUCGGUGUAUCCCUACUCACGUUCAAGUGCAGGGCCACCUUUGAUUCGAACAUUUUUUUAUUUUAUUUCUAUUUUUGUUUUUAAUAAAUAAGAACUGUACACGCUGACCGAAUAAAUUACUGUUAUUUCGGCCGAAUCGGAAAAGAUCUGUCUGAUCGUGAGCAAACAGCCAAUGGAUCAGACCUUGUAAAUGUAUAUUCAGAUACACGUAAUAAACGACGACGAAUAGUUAACGAGUCAACGAGGAUACGAACGAGUAGACUGCUUGUUAGAAUGCAGAGAUAAUUCUUGGUUAUCGAUCGAUAAUUAACACCUCGGAUUGCCGCUUCAACGAGACCCUUCGGAAGUUACUCGCCGCAAUUCUGCACGUUACCUAGGAAUCGUGACUACGUUACGGACAGGAAUCCACAAGACGAAUUGCGCUUUUGACAAUAGUUUAAAUAUUUUACAAUUCAAUGUUACGAGUAUUGAGCUACGUAGUGUUGGGAAAAUUUGAUUGUCAGGAAUUGACUGUACAAACAUUUUACUCGACGAAAUUCAUGUGGACAUAUCUGUAAGUGGAAUUGGAAUCACUCGGAGGAAUACCUUUGGCGAAUAUAUUAUUAGAACAUUGAGUACUUUCGGAUCGUUUUUAAAGCCGAACAGAGUUGCCGUCAGGUGUUUACAUACUAAGAAGAAUUGAUGAGAAAUAUUGAAAUGAUGCUACGCAAUUGAUAGAUUUUAACUUCGAUCCACUAAGAGAAUUUGAAUCACUUUCUACUUGGAACUACGAAUGAUUCUCUAGCUGAGAUUGAACGAAUUUGAGGAAAUUCGCCAAAGAAUCCUCAUAUUAUAUCGCAGCGACAAGUUAUCAACGAACAACAAUUUCCCGACAAGGAGCCUGUUGCGUUUCAGAAGCAGAAGACAGAGCUGGUCGCAUCAUUGACUGUGAGUUUACCACUGCCGGAAACUGGACCAACAAUCGUGUGCACCCAGCACUUCUGGGUUCGCUUUUGGCACUUCGGACUCCGACAUGUCGAAAACUAGUGUCGACUACUUCAAAUCGGCCGAAAGUGGUGUGCAGCUGACAGAGGGCGUCAUUAGGAACCCGCAGAAGUACACCGCACUUGGACUGCUCGGCCCCCCCGAGACGAAGUUGUACAAAAAACGAUGGGCGAUUCUGGGGAUCUUCGUUUUCUACAGCGCCAGCAAUGCGAUGCAAUGGAUCCAGUACAGUAUAAUCGCCAACAUCGUGAUGAAGUAUUACGACGUGACAGACGAGGCCGUCAACUGGACCAGUUUGAUUUACAUGGUCCUAUACAUCCCAUUCAUAUUUCCCGCCAGCUACCUCUUGGAUAAAUUGGGUCUACGCGUAGCCGUGAUCAUCGGUGCUAUUGGCACUGCGACCGGGGCAUGGAUAAAAGUAUUCAGCGUUGCCCCGGACAGAUUCUUGGUGACUUUCCUGGGUCACUCCGUCGUCGCUCUGAGUCAAGUAUUCGUCUUAUCUGUGCCUUCUCGCCUCGCCGCCGUCUGGUUUGAUCCCGACCAAGUGAGCAGCGCUUGCAGCAUCGGCGUGUUCGGCAACCAGCUUGGCGUGGCCGUGGGCUUCUUGUUUCCGCCGAUGUUAGUCAAAAACAGCGAAGACGUGACGGUCAUUGGAGAUGGUCUACAAACUAUGUUCUACAUCGUAGCUGCGAUAACAUCGGUUAUCCUGGUCCUUAUCCUGUUGUUCUUCAAGGCUGAACCCCCCUUACCGCCCAGCUCCGCUCAAGCUGUACAAAGGGAGGCUGAGACUUCGGAAAAUUUCCUAUUUUCUGUGAAAACUCUGCUGCUCAACAAGGGAUACCUCCUGCUUCUCCUCAGUUACGCGAUAAACGUCGGCAUUUUCUACGCCCUGAGCACUCUUCUGAGUCAAAUAAUACUUCCAUAUUACCCAGGCCAUGAAACAGACGCGGGAAGAAUUGGUCUCGUUAUCGUUCUUGCCGGCAUGUUGGGAUCAGUUUUGUGCGGCGUAGUCCUGGACAAAACGCACAGAUUCAAAGAAACGACACUCUGUGUGUACAUAUUCUCGUUCCUGGGAAUGAUGCUCUUCACAUUCACAUUGGAUUCCGGUCACAUAUACGUCGUGUAUCUCACUUCAGCCAGCUUGGGAUUCUUCAUGACCGGCUACUUGCCAGUGGGUUUCGAGUUCGCGACGGAAUUAACGUACCCGGAACCGGAAGGUACGUCGGCGGGACUUUUGAACGCUGCGACUCAAGUGCUCGGGAUCUUAUUCACGUUGCUUUACUCCCAUCUCUUCACAAUCUGGGGUAUAUUUUGGGCGAAUAUUGGUCUGUGCGUUACGUUAGGCUUCGGAUGUCUCAUGACCACUCUUAUACCGAAUGAUCUUAGGAGGCAAAAGGCCAAACUCUGAAUAUAAGCUUCUUUCAGUCGUUAGUUUGAACGACGAAGGAGUUAAAACUUGACAAGAUGUAUCAGGUCCCAAGUUUUGUACCUCCGUACGAGAAGCUCGGAGCUCGAGUAAUCUAAGGAACUUGUGAUGUCGAUGAUAGAGUGGUUGAUAGUAGCUUUACGCGUAAUCCAGAGAACCCCUGGAAACAUAAAACGGCCAAUGAAAUCCGAGGAUUGUUAGUCGGUAGAACUAUUGCACGGAUUAAAUUAGUAUAACCAGAUUAGAGAGAUUACAGAGAGUAUAAAUUAUAUUAUAUUUUAAAUAUGAAGUACAGGUAUUAGUCAAUGUAUAAAGUUACUAACGUCAUCGUCAGUCAUUACGCUCUGUAACGUGCAACUCGUUUACACGGCGAGAAGUAUUACUUACUUUUCUCUCUAGCCAAACAAAAUUUUUAGUCAUUACUUGUAACUGCUCGCGAGAUAUACCUUGUAAGAAUAUAAACUCUCGGCAUUAAAGUUUCUACGUCGGUAAGUUCGUUGCUGUAGAUUAGUAUAUAUACUGUAGUUCUUUUUCCGUUUCUGCUUUUCUCCGUUUAACUAUGUCACUUCAUUAUAUCUGCUAGAUGAUACGUUGACCUAUGAAGUUCAUAGAUUUUUUGUUGACAGAAACGCGGAGAAAAGUAAUGAUUUCUACAAAUUCCAGAAGAACAUAUAACUGUCAGGUAUUAUAUCGAUUUCACCCCAUCAACGUAUGAUUUUAAUUAAAAACUUUAGAGUAUUAUCGUUAAUAUUCACUUGUUGGGCAGUUAAAACUGCAGUAGGAAUCAUUACAUCGAUGCAAAACUGCAAACUUAAAAUAUGGUGUUAGAUAGCAGUGUAACUAAUAGCUUCGGUUUGACUACUUUCUACUUCGUUUCGUUGAAUACAUAUCCCCAAAAGUUGAAGUGUCAAAAAUGGUUAUCAAAGUCUGUUGCAAGCUUUGCACUCAAAUUAUUUUCAGAACAAAUUCACAAUUGCUGUCCUGUUUUUGGAAGUUGAUAAUGUUUAUACCGGAAUAUUUUUUUCUGCUAGUAAAAAUUCCGAAAUAAUCUGUACAUUCAUUUUCAUAUUAUAGCACCGUAAAUUGUCAAAUCUUAACGAGUGGAACACGGUACAAAAGAAUGGAUUUCAAUUUUCUGCCAAAAUGGCGUCCUAGUUUCACAGCAGUGUUUCAUCCACGUCGGACAGACUAUUGAAAUAAUGAUACAAGUUCGGUAAUUAUCUGAUUGGAUAACACCGCACAAACGUCCGAUUAAACAUGUACGAUAUGAGUUCUUUGCAAAUUGUGAUAAAUAAGUGAUUCGCCGUCUCAAGCUUCAGAGCGGAUCCCCGUAAAGGAAGCUUUAGAAAUUCUACUGAUUGUUCAAAUCGUUAUCUCGUAAAAGCAUGUCAAUUUUUUUAGACAGUCGAUUACAGUGAACUCGGUCUCACCUUUGGAAUGCGAUAAAAUUGACUGAUAGCCAAGAGGUUAAGAGGAAGAGAUUGAAAAUAUGAAUCUGUACAAACCAGUUUCGGAUAGCGGUUGGCAUAAUUUUUGGUUAAUUUUUAUUCUCACCAAAAAAUUGACAUGCUUGUACGCGCGAUCGCCGAUGAAUCGCUUUCAUCGAGAAAAAUCAAUUCGUAUCUCAGGGUGAUUGGCGAUCCCCUCAAGUUGCAUAUAGCGAUCGUAACGCGUAAUAAUUAAGAGACAACUAGCGUAUACGCAAGUUUGUCUAAUAUAUUCCAUAAAGAGUUAUACUAUGUGCACCGGGGGGCCAUAAAUAUUUAUACUAUAAUCAUAUAUUUAUAUUUUACAUAUCUGUGUGUUUUACCUUAUCGUUAGAUGUGUCAGAACGUAGGGUAUACGAAAAUAUGCAUAUUGCAAAAUCCAACGAAGUGAUGGUAUGCAACUAAGCAAACAACGUCGAACAUUCAAUUCAAGUCAAUUUUAUAGUGAUAUUAGCUCAGUCUAGUGACCCUGUAAUAUUAUACGUAAAUUUUCUUGUAAGUAAGACUUUACGAAAGUUGCUCCGUCUUUGUCAAUCUGUUAUACGUGUAUAUUUCCGAGUGCUUUGAUAUCCAAACAGGUGUGCAAAUAGUGAUAUCGGUGAUACGAAUGAAAGUCUUAUACAUACAUAUUCUACAGAAUAGAUGAUAUUUUUUUAAGAAUUAGUAAGAAAGUAUCUCUUGUAUAAGAAUCUCUUCCGCACACGCAAAAACGUCUGCCAAAAUAUCUCAUCCAAAGUGUUGAGCGAGAUGGAGAUGAGUUGCUGAUUUCCACGAAUUAUUAUUACUAUUAUUAUUAUUAAUCUUUAUCAAUCUCCUAGUAUUACGGUAAUACCUUACAAUUUAUGAAGGACUAAUCAAAGAGUUGAUUAAACAAUUUAAGCAAAGAAGUAUUGUAGUUCAGAAAUCCUUGUUCGUGUCGUGUUGCCAAAUUGAUGCGUAACUUUUACCUCUGAAACACAAGUAUUUUAUAAUUUUAUCUCGGUCAUUCAACUUUUAGAUUAAAUCACUCUACAUACCUAAAACCUAUAAUACUUACGUUAUCGAUCAAGAAUUUUUCUCUUUUAUCAGAGUAAAAAUUUAUCGAUUUUUUUAUAAAUUGUACAUUUAUCACAAUAUUUCCGAUAGUACGAUACUAAUCGUGAAAACUAUAUAGACAAUUUAAUGUGUAAAUGACCAGUUCGUUGAGCAUGGAAACUCACAGCGAAUGUAGUAUAACGAUAAAAAAAAAACAGUGCAAAACUUGAUAAAAUGUAUAUAUAUAUAUAUAUAAUGUCAUCGUCAUUUAUUGAAACACUCUUAAAUUCUAAGAUACAUAAGCUAACUUAGAUAAGCAAUACAUAAAGGAUAUUAAAAAAUAAAAAUAAAAAUUAACAACUGCUAAGGGAAUCACAAAAUGGGCAUCGUCUAUAUUUCUGUUAUCUUCAGCCUAAUCAGCGAAGAUCAUUUUGGGGUUCAAGGCACCACGGUCCUCGACCCUUACAAAUGAGCAUUUCACCACGAGAACAUAAUUAGCAAGACUAUCAUAUGUAUUUAUACAUGAUUUAAAGAAUGCACAAGAUUCAGUCGUUCCAUAGAGUGCCGCGGAACAUUUACCAAGUAUAAUACUUGUGAUUAUAAUAUAUAACUAUACACGUAUACAUGGCGGUGCUAACAACCUUUGUAGGCUCCUCCAGAAUAGAAUAUGUACCGUUAAUCGAAAGUACCCCUGUAUCAUUAAUAUGAUAAUCUACCAAGUUUAGUCUUAAAUACUAUUGUUGUUAAUCUCACGCUGUAUCUGAUGAUGAAAGACAAAACGUACGAUGAUUACAGUGCAAAGUACCAUCGGUAUUGAUAACUUUCUCUUUUUUUUACGGUCAACGAAAUUUCUUAUGAAUUUGAAGACUUUGUGGACCAAUCGUUCGACAAGAAAAAAAAAAAAAGCACUAAUGAAACCACGCAAAACGAUAGCAUCUUGACCGUGCGACCAAAAAAACAGACUAUUCUAUGCACGAGAAAUGAAAGGAUCGAGAAGAGUAUGAAAAUUGAAUGGUAAAUUAUAGAUAUAUUUAUAUAAUGAUGCUACUUCGGUAGAUAUAAUUGCAAUUGUCUUACGAAAUUGUCAUCGUGGCAAAAUUGAGCUCAGUAAGAACAUCGAGUACAAAAUAUUCACCGCGUGCGAUUGAUUAUAUUGUACAGAGUUCCGUUCGUAAGGGGGACUGUGUGCCUUUGUCAAAAUUAUUACAUAAAAUAAAAUGUAUAUCGUAUAAUACGUAUAACGUAUAUUCUAUGCGGCUAAACGUAACAUAAAACUUAUGAUACACGAGUAAUUACUAUUUUCUUUUUUUCAUUUAAUCAUUACAUUGCAAUGACGGUUAUUCAUUUCAUUAUUAUCGUGAGUCUGGAUUUCAGAGGUGUCUAGACAAAAUUAUGAAUCAGGAAUCGCUUGACGCUACGCUUAUUUACACAAAAAUUAGUCAAUUAUAUUUCACCUAUACACGGAUUCUAGAAUUCUUUUUUUUACUUCUUGCCUUCCAUAUUCAAUAAAAUUCUUUGUUGAAAAUGUUACUUUAAAUAUUUCCGUAACGUGUAUUUUUCUUCUUUUUUUUUGUGUUCGUUUCGGUAUCUGAAUUUUCUGAUUUUCGUUGUGAGACUCAUGAUAUUAAUCAGAACAUAAGUAUAUUGUUAAGGCCACUUGAGUUUAUCAAACAAAGUCUGCUUUGUCAAUUGCUUCGAGAUGACGAUCAUUGUAUUUCUGCGUCGAUAAAAUUUUUGUCCACGUAUUCAAUAAUUAUAAUUUGUCUUUAUGAUUUUAUUUUUAUUCCUCCUAUAUGUUUUUUGAUUAUUGCGUUCAAUCUUCCUAAUUCGUACAAUUGAAAGGAGUGUAACAGUUGUGAAUAAAACAGUAUUGAUUUCUAUAA